GGGAGUGGUAUAUGGUUGCCUUCCUCCAAUCUCUGCGCGAAGAUACGUGGUUAAUUUGUGUGUAAUGCGUUAGCUGACUGGUUUUCUUUUGUAUGUGUGAGGAUUCACAGUUUCUUCUCUAUGUGUUGGUCAGAUCCAUUGGAUGAUGUGGUGAAGUGUCUGCAUGAUUGUUGUGAUUAUUUGUGGGGUUUUGAUUGAAUGCUAUUGGGUCAGGAUUGGCAAAUUACAGCUCCACAGAGAAGUUGUUCUGCAUACUGUACCUUCUUGGAGUGCGUAUAUUGAAUUGCGAGAUUUUGUUUACCUUUGUAAUACUAGGGGCAAAAGUUGAAGUUUAUCGGAAGCUGCUCUCGUGGUCGAGCGAUGAGAAGAUCCAAUGAUGCGUACCAACUCUGUGAAUAUGAACUGGAUGAAGCAUUGCCAUGAAAUGGUUAUGGUUGGAGCAUUACGAGUGUUAAGGUUCUGAAUUGUCAGCAAUUGCCAUAUGACUAAUCAGACAACGCCGGAGUUGGGAAGAAUGAAAACACAUGGUCAGUUGUGUACUGGUUUUCUCAUUUGACGAUGAAGUUAUAUUGUUGGAUUUUCCUCAGAUACUCAGAGGACUUCCUGAUUAAAUCCACAGCAGGUCCUUUUUGAGGCGGAAUUUGUUGUCACUUGUCAGGAAGAAUGUAACUGAGCUGGGUAAUUUUUGACACAUUUUGCAGCUGCUUGAAAGUGUCCAUUGUCAGAGGAUAAUGCUGUUCUUCUUUUAUUUUUGAGUAUAAAAAGCAAAUGGAAUCUGAGACAUUGAUAACGGAUUAUCCGCCAGCCACUAGACAACGGGUGCUUGCUGCCGUUGGACCGGUACUUUGGAUUGCUGUCAGCUAUGUAGACCCUGGAAAGUGGGCUGCAGCUGUAGAAGGGGGUGCUCGUUUUGGUUCUGAUUUGGUUUUACUUGUGCUUAUUAUAAACUGUGCAACUAUUUUGUGUCAGUAUCUGUCUGCACGUGUAUCCAUUGCAACCGGAAAAGAUCUUUCGCAGAUUUGCAGUGAGGAAUAUGAUCAUCUGACAUGCAUACUUUUAGGAAUUCAGGCAGAGAUCUCAAUGGUUAUCUUAGAUCUCACAAUGGUGUUGGGCACUGCUUAUGGACUUAAUGCUGUUUCUGGAAUCAGCCUAUGGAAUUGUGUCUUUCUAACUGGCUUUGAUGCUGUUCUAUUUCCAUUUCUCGCUAGCUUCCUUGAAAAUACCAGAGCAAAGAUCAUAUCCAUAAGCUUAGUUUGCUUUAUAUUAGCAUCUUAUGUCUCUGGAGUUAUAGUAAGUCAACCUGAAAGCUCUCUCUCUGUGGGUGGAAUGCUUAAUAAGCUGACUGGGGAAAAUGCAUAUGCACUGAUGAGUAUCCUUGGAGCAAAUAUUAUGCCCCACAACCUUUACCUCCAUUCUUCUCUUGUACAGCAAGAUCAGGGGCAAACAACUGUUUCUAAAGCGGCAUUGUGUCAUGACCAUUUUUUCUCCACUUUAUUCGUCUUUAGUGGCAUAUUCAUGGUGAACUGUGUGCUAAUGAACCUGGCGGCCAAUGUAUUCUACAGUAGUGGAUUCAUUUCACUAACUUUACAGGACGCAUUGUCAUUGCUGGAUCAGGGAUUUAGGAGUUCAUUAGCUUCAAUUGCUUUAGUAUCCAUUAUAUUUUUGUCCAAUCAACUGGUGGCAACAUCAAGUCAUGGAAGACAAGCAAGACUUGCCCAUGAUUUCUUCAAGCUGGAGAUCGCUGGUUGGCUUCAUCGUGCUGCAAUCAGAAUAAUUGCCAUCAUUCUCGCGCUCUUUUGUGUUUGGAAUUCAGGAGCAGGAGAUUUAUUUCAACUCCUGAUUUUUACACAGGUCGUGAUUGCACUUCUACUGCCAUCUUCUGUUAUCCCCUUAUUUCAAGUUGCUUCCUCCAGAUUAAUUAUGGGUGCCCAGAAAAUUUCUCAUCUGGUGGAAUUCCUAGCUUUAGUCUCCUUUGUUGCAAUGCUGGGGCUAAAUAUCAUGUUUCUCAUAGAAUUGGUAUUUGGCAGUAGUGAAUGGGUUACUAGUUUAAACAUCGGGGAUAGUAUGCCUGUUUCGUAUCAUAUUCUUCUGAUAGCUGCUUUUGCCUCCCUGUGUCUGAUGCUUUGGCUGGCAACCACUCCGCUGAAGUCUGCAAGUUCUGGGCUAGAUAAACAGACAUUGAAGUGGGACAACAAAGCCAGUAUGAUUGAGUCAUCUGUGGAGAGAGACCCAUCGGAAAUUGGUGAGAUCCAACACCAACUAGAAAAGUCUAUGGAAAAGCAGGAACCUGUAUCAUCGUUGGAGAAAUCCUUUGGAAACCAUCAGGAUUUAUCGAUUCCCACACCUGAUCUGAGUUUUCCUGAAGCGCAUGUGGAUUCGGAGAUCAAUCUCGAUUUGACUGCACUUCAGGAGAAUAAAUCUGAGAUCAAAUCCUCAGAGCCUGCUAUGGUCAAUCAUGAGGCAUCUGCAAUCAUUUCAGAAAUUGUCUUGCCUGAAUCUGGAGAUGGUGAUAAAAGUGAAUCGCUGGAUGACAUCAACGUGAGCACUGAAUCAAAAGACAUGGUGGAAAAGACUUUGAAAAUUGAGGGAGAUGUGCAGAAUGAGAAGGACGAUGAGGGAGAUCCUUGGGAGCCUGAAGAAUCAACUAGAGAUGUUUCUGAGAGCAUCCAGUCUUUGACUUCCGAGGGUCCGGGAUCAUUUAGAAGUGUUAGUGGAAAAAUUGAUGAUGUAGGAAGUGGUGCAGGAAGUCUUUCAAGAUUAGCAGGAUUAGGCCGUGCCGCAAGGCGCCAAUUGACUGCAGUUCUUGAUGAGUUCUGGGGCCAGAUGUUUGAUUUCCAUGGUCAAGCAACACAUGAAGCCAAAGCUAAGAAACUUGAUGUUUUACUGGGGGUGGAUUCUAGGGUAGACUCGAAGUCUUCCUUUGCAUCUGUUAAAUUGGAAAGCAUUAAUAAGGAAUCUACUGGAUAUUUCCCUUCUACCAGUGGAAGAGGAUCUGAACUUUUAAGAACUUCUAGCUUUUACCAUUCUUCUAUGCCACAUAUUGGACAGAGUAAUAUUGGAUCACCUCUUGGGGUUCAGCAAGGCUCAUCAAUGUGGUCUAACCAUAUGCAACUGUUAGAUGCAUAUGCGCAAAAUUCCAGUUAUAAUGCCCUUGACUCUGGUGAGAGGCGCUAUCGUAGCGUGCAUAUUCCGUCAUCUACUGAUUGCCAUGAUCAACAGCCGGCCACUAUUCAUGGUUAUGAUUUAGCUUCAUAUCUGGGUCGGAUGGCUAGCGAGAGAAGUCCGGAUUAUCAAAAAGGUCAAUUGGAGUUAUCAACGCAAACCUCAACUCCCUCGAUCAAACCAAACUCCAUAGAUUCAUAUAGUCGGCCAAUGGGGCUGAAGCCACAGAAUGGAUUACGCACGCUGAAGCCUCCGGGUUUUCAUAACGUACCUGUUUCGCGAAACAGUUCAUUGAAAUCUGAAAGACCUUCUCAAGACCUUUGCAGUCCUGAACCAAUGGAUUACAGUAAUAACCCACCCAAUGUCAAGAAAUUUUACAGCUUGCCGGACAUAUCAGGACUUUAUAUCCCCAACCGGGAUUCAUCAUCUGAUAGAAGGUCUCAGUGGGAUAAUUCUAUGGGUUAUGGGCAGUCCAUUUACCGUCCAGCACGGGAGCAGACAUGUUCAAGUGCUUCUUCAUGGGCUAGUUCUGCUUUAGGAUUUAAUCAACUUUCUCCUUCAAAGGUUUGUAGAGAUGCUUUCUCAUUGCAAUUCGCUUCUAGCUCAGGUGCUGGUUCACUGUGGUCUAAGCAGCCUUAUGAACAGUUUGGCGUGGCUGAUAAAUCUCCUUCCAAAGUACAAGAAAAUGCAUCAAUUAUGGAUAUGGAAGCGAAGCUUCUACAAAGUUUCAGAAGUUGUAUUGUGAAACUUCUGAAGCUGGAGGGAUCUGACUGGUUGUUCAGACAGAAUGAUGGGGCUGAUGAAGACCUUAUUGAUCGUGUAGCUGCAAGGGAGAGAUUUCUCUAUGAAGCUGAAACUAGGACUGUAGACAGAAAGCUUAGUUCUGCUAUAAAAAUUGAUGAAACAGACCAGUCAAAGUUUAUGUCAGUUCCUAAUUGUGGAGAUGGAUGUGUUUGGCGAGUAGAUCUAAUUAUAAGCUUUGGAGUUUGGUGUAUCCACAGGAUCCUUGAACUUUCCCUCAUGGAAAGCAGGCCAGAACUUUGGGGGAAAUACACCUAUGUACUCAAUCGUCUUCAGGGGAUUAUCGAUCUGGCUUUUUCAGAGCCUCGGUCGCCGAAGGCUCCCUGCUUCUGCCUUCAGCUACCUGUCGGAUACCAGCAAAAGUCGAGCCCGCCUAUUUCAAAUGACAGCUUGCCGCCACCUUCAAAACUGGGCCGGGGCAGAUUAACAACUUCACUGAUGCUGCUAGACAUAAUCAAAGAUGUCGAAAUGGCUAUAUCUUGCCGGAAGGGUCGAACAGGCACUGCUGCCGGUGAUGUGGCUUUCCCUAGAGGAAAAGAAAAUUUGGCAUCCGUCCUCAAACGAUACAAACGCCGUUUGUCAAAUAAACCAGUCGGGUCUCAGGAAGUCGCACAUGGACUGCGCAAGAUGGGAUUACCAUCUCCCCAGGGCUCGUAGUCCAUGUUUUCGGUUCAUAGGUGCUGGGAGGAGGAUUAAUUGGGUGUGGAGAACCACUGAGGAAAGAUGAACGCUGCUGGCCGUGAAACUUCCAUGGCCCAUUCCCCCUCCCUUGUGUAUUAAAUCUUUUGCUGCUCUUAUAGUCUUCCCUUGUACUUCUGUGGUGUAUACAAUAGGAUAAAAGUGUACUGGUGUAACUAACUCAUCAGGUGGAAGAAAGGUGGAAAUAUAUAUUUGUAUUGCAAGUGGAGUGUGUUAUCCUAGUGUAAUUUACAAGGGACAAGAUGUCACUCACUCUAGAUUAACUGGUGUAGUAGUUAAGUUUUGCUAGAGAA